AUGAACUACAGUGGUGGCUAUGAGGCGUAUGGCAACGACGACUACGCUAGCAAUAAUGGUGGAGGUGGUUUCAUGUCAAGCCAGCCUACAAAUAGUCAAUCAACCCCAUCAAAACGUAGUGGUGGCAUUGUCCAGAGUAUUUUACCCGUUAGUAUCAAGCAAUUGCAAACAUUGGGCACCACUUCAAUGGAUGAUGAUGCACUUCGUCUGGAUGGUCAAGAAGUUUCAACUGUGCGACUUGUGGGAUUACUUACGAAUUUAACGCCACAUUCGACAAGUCUUCGAUUUCAAUUGGACGACGGGUCAGGAUCUUUUGAGUGUCAUUACUUUAUAACAGGCGAUGAAUCGGAUCUUAGUGAAGGAGAAAUGUCUCGAUUAAGAGAAGGCAGUUACGUCCGAGUAGUUGGAAAACUUCGAACAUUUCAGGGAAAAGCCAGUUUAUCCUGUUUCAAUGUGACGAUGGUCGAGGAUAUGAAUGAACUUACGUACCACCUUCUUGAGGUCAUUUAUGUGCAUUGUUACAACACGAAAGGGCCGCUGAAUAAUGGCAAAGCGGAUGUCAAUAUGACGUCAUUUAAUACACCUACUAAGGCCCCAUCAGGAAAGCAAUGGAAUCAACCAAAUACAGGAGGAUUUGGAGCUGGAAAUAUGGACUACGGAUUGAUCGACUCGAACUUUUCAACGGAACAAAAGGCAAUUCUCGACGUUUUGGGUACGUGCACGAGUGACCAUGGACUCAAGAUUGACCAGAUUUAUGCUGAUUUGCGUGGACAAAUGACUGAAGUGCAGCUUCACAGUGCACUCAACUAUCUUACGAGUGAAGGACAUGUGUACUCUACAAUCGACGAGGACCAUUUCAAACGCACAGCGUAG